UUCUAAAGCUACUCUUGUGUUUUUAGAAAUAAAGCUACUCUUGUGUUGUUAGAAAAUGUCUUCAAGUAAACCAAUUAAGAAACGAACUUUGCCAUCUGUGCCUUCUGAGAAGAUAAGUACUCCUAAAACAGGCAAAGUUGUAUCUAAUCAGAAAUAUGUGGACACUCCACCAGCCAGAGCUUUGUUUAAGGGUGAUCCAACUUUGUUAGCAAAAGAUACUGGUUGUGGCAGCAAGACGAAACUUUUAGCAAAGAAACACAUAUUAAAAAAGUCCAAUACACCUGUCUCUGCAUCUCCAAAGUUGUCUAAGAAAAAAUUAUACCAAACGCCACAUAUCGUAACAGAUAAAUUAGCAAGCAAUUGUAACACUCCUGAUGUUAACAAAAACUUUUCUGUAAAUGAAAAGGAAUCGAUUUUAGACAAUGAACAGGUGGUUGAUCCGACAGUAUUGCAGCAAAGAGCAUCUUUACUGCUGAGAUCCAGUCCAGCUACAGAGGUUAAAUCUAAUUAUGACAAUUCUUCUAUUAGUGUUGCUGUUCGAGUUCGCCCAUUUAGUUCCAGGGAGUUGUCGUCCCACUUGUUGAAUGUUAUUUCCAUGGAUGGAAAUGUCACAAUACUUAAGAAUGCAAACAAUGGUAGUACUCAUGAAUUUGCCUACGAUUAUUCUUUUUGGUCAUUUGAUUCAAUCAAUCCAGCCUCAACUUUUACCUCUCAAGAAGAUGUGUACAACAACGUUGCAAAACCGUUACUGGAUUGGUCUUUUGAGGGAUACAAUACCUGCUUAUUUGCAUAUGGACAGACAGGUUCUGGGAAAUCAUACACUAUCAUGGGUUAUGAAGAGGAUGAAGCUGGAGUUGUUCCAAGAUUUUCAAAAGAUCUUUUUGAGAGAAAAAUGGGUUUUGAACAAGAAAAGGAGAUUUCAUAUUCCGUGGAAAUCAGUUUCUACGAAAUCUACAACGAAAAGAUUUUUGAUUUGCUUUCCUUCAAUGAUGGGAACAAGCAGCGGUUAUGUGUUCGUGAACAUCCUGACAUGGGGCCUUAUGUUCAAGGUCUCUCAAAGCACAUUGUUGGUUCACAUCGCGAUAUCCAGAAUUGGUUAGAAGUUGGAAAUAAAAACAGAGCAACUGCUGCAACAGGGAUGAAUGACAGAAGCAGUAGAUCACAUUCUGUCUUCACCAUUGUUUUGUCACAAGUAAAGACAGAGCAAUUUGAAGGAACAGAAACGCAAGUUCAAAAAACAAGUAAAAUUAAUCUGAUUGAUUUAGCUGGCAGUGAGCGGGCUAAAAAAGCACUUGUUGAUAUCAGAGAUACUCAAACUGCUAAUACACGUUUAAAGGAAGGUGGUCACAUAAAUAAAUCGUUGCAUACUCUGGGAAAAGUGAUCUCUUUACUAUCUGAAAUGCAACCAAACUCAAAAAAGAAGUCGUUUAUACCUUACAGAGAUUCGGUAUUGACUUGGUUGUUAAAGGAAAGUCUUGGUGGAAAUGCCAGAACUACAAUGUUGGCCACAAUUAGUCCCGCACAUAUCCAUUAUAGUGAAACUCUAAGCACAUUGAGAUAUGCUCAACAAGCUAGAUCAAUUGUUAACAAAGCUAAGGUUAAUGAAGAUCCGAAGUCCAAACUGAUACGAGAAUAUCGUAUAUUGACCUACAUCGAAAUUAUUCCUGACUUUGGCCUUAAAAAUGUUCUUGUUGGAGUCAUACAUGUUAGAAUUUUUCAAAUAGAAAUGCUGAUAGAAAUUCGCAAGCUAAGAGCGUCUCAACGAAAAAGCGGUGACUUUGGUCAAGCUAUGGAGAAUGAGGUUACUUUGUUACGUCAAAGGCUAGUUGACACACAAAAGGAAUAUAAUGCAUCCACAAGAAGCUGGCAAGAAAAGCUUGCCCAUUCUGAAAAGAAACAAAAAGCAGAAGCCAGUCGCUUACGUAGAUCUGGAGUUGCUUUUACCAAGUUGGAGCAUCGUCUGCCUAGUCUGGUUAAUCUGAAUGAGGAUCCUCAACUUGCUGAAGUUUUGCUAUACAUUUUGCAGGAAGGAGUUACACAUGUAGGGAGAAAGGAGACAGAAAAUGAGCAUGAUAUCCAAUUGCGUGGAAAUCUUGUAGCUGACAGUCACUGUACAUUUAAAUACGAAAACGAGAUGGUGCAUAUCAAUAUUCAAAGUGAUGCACCAACCUAUGUUAAUGGAGUUCUUAUCGCCGACAGCAUUGAGCUACACCAUGGUGAUCGCAUUGUGUUUGGUGGAGAUCAUUUUUUCAGAUUAAAUCAUCCUAAAGAAGCAGCCAAAUUAAAAGAGAAGCUGACAGAUCGAAGAAAAAGCCUUAAAAACUUUGAGUUUGCAAAAGAUGAACUUUUAAAGAAGCAGAAUGAAAGGUUGGAAGCAGAAUUAGAGGAAGCUAGACUGCGAGCAGAGGAGGAAGCUUUAAAUCAGAUAAAGGAAGCUCAAAUAAAGGCUGAGGAAGAUUUAAAAGCUCAAAGAACAUUGUUUGAAACACAACUCAGCUUGUUGCAAGCGAAAUUGAAUGAUACUGCAAAUAAAAGAAAAGAAGCUGAGGAAGGACAUCAAAGUGCUCAAGAAAUUAUAAAUCAAUUACGAGACAAUCAGCAGUUAUUAGAAGAUGAAAUAUUGUCCAACAGAAAGAGGUUACAGAUGGAAGCCAUUGCUGCAAAACAGAUUCUUGAAGAGACAAAGACAAAUCACCAGAGAAUACUAAGUAACCUCGAGAAAGAGAAACAAAAAAUGCAAAUGGAUAUCGCUGAGAUGAAACAUGUCAAGAAUGCACGUGAAAAGAUGCGUUCUUCCAUACACAUAUCUGUCAACCAAUCUAACAAAGAAAACUCGGAGCGCAUAGAUUUAUUGAAAUUGUCGUUGAUGUUAAGAGAGGCGAACAAAAUAAGCCAACAAAUGAGACAAGACUAUGUGUUUACACGAGACGAUUUUUGCGUGGACAAUUCGGUGGAGAUUCGUGUUAGAAUUCAUAACACACAAUCGAAGAUGUCGACGUUACUUAAUUUGGAAAGAUUUGAGGACGAGUUCCAACGAAUGCGAGAUUUAUUUCAAGGUGAUGAGUCUUACUCUGAAACGACCUUUUUGCGUGAAAACGAGUUUGAUUGGGAAGAUGAUUCACAAGGUGAUUUAUCAAGAAGGUCACCAAGACUAUCGCUUUCAAGCAAAAGUAUGAUAGCCAGCUUAAACGAAUCCAUUGAAAUGCGUGAGAUGAAGAUGCGCAACACAAAGCAAGGUGGGAACUUGACCAAUGGAAAUCUAUCGACCAAUGAUAUUUCAACAUUAUCAAAUCCACCGGUAGAGUCAACAAGACUGUCUUCACUACACGCUAACACAACAGUUAAGAUGGAUGCGUCUGAUAUUUCUGCUAUGAAGUGCAGCUUGUUUGAAACUAUUCUUGAAGAAAAAGAAGAAAACCAAGAAAUACCGAUAGUUGCGAGAUUGAUCAAACUUAUCUUCUCUAUUUACACGGAUUGGAACAAACUGUCUACCCACAAUGCAACUUUUACUCAAAACAACACCGACGAAACAGACGACACGUUAAUGAGAGUAGCAUGUCACGUGAGAAGUUUAAAAGAUUUAGCCUCACUCUUGUGUUCUGUUCACGAGGCUGUUGGUUUGGACGAACUGAAAGCGAUGUCAUACUCGUUCAAAAAUGAUGUUAACCAAGCUGGCUCAUACAUCAGAAAUUCGAUUACACAGAAUAACUUCACAGAUGAGAAGACACAGUUUCAGCAGCUAAUUUUUCAGUUAGUAGAAAUGGCUGGUGCCAUGUCGUUAGCUGCUGUUGACCAUGUGAAGGAUGAUGAGAACGAAUCUUAUUUUGCAUUUAGUAAGGGUACAAGUAACGACCUGUGUGCGUACUUUUUAAAGCACCAGAAUCGGUUUCUUAGUACGAUGCUAACAGAAGCCAUGUGUACGGUGGAAGAUGGGAUCGAAAGUAUCAAGAAUCUGCAAGUCACAUCUGCACACGAGAUGUCUGAUGAUUUAGUUGAUGGAGUAAUGAACAUCUUGACAUCGAUAACAACACUUCUUCAAAGAUGCAAAGAUUUGCUGGCGGUAUAUGCUGAUGUCAGCAUGACUAGGACUGGCUUGUAUUUUGCAAAGGAAUGCUUCAUAUUAAGAAAACUGUUAACAGCGAUCGUCGAUUAUAACGAAAAUAUAUAUAAUUUACUUGAGCAUUCAAAAAGUGUGGCUGCAAAUUGUGACAGUCUCGAUGACUUUCUUGAUGUCCCAAUUGAACUGGCCGAUACAACAAAGAGGAUAUGUUCCACGUGCAAGCAACUGACUAUAUUUGUUAAUGUGAAGAAAGCAUUGGAUGAUGAGACAGCUUGGUUGUUGCAUGAUUGUUUAAAGAAGUUCGAAUUUGCUGCAAAGACUGUUCGUGUCGGCGUGGCCAUCGUUAUACAAGAAGUCGAAAGCGAUUUAAAUAUAAACGAGGAACGUUCUAUAGUCUCACUUAUUCAAGCAGACGAACCUUUUUCGCGAGCGUCAUCCACGUGUCCGCUAAACCGGACAUCACUUGAUGUGAGUGUAUUAGAUCCACAAUUGCAAGAAAAGUUCAGAAAAAGUCGGAGAUCUUCGGUGCGACCGGAUCUUUUUAUCAGUAAGUAUAUGGAUGUUUCGGACAUGUAGAAUUCUAUUUUUUAUAUAUAAUUUUAUUUAAUCUAUGCAUAUAAAAGGAUAUGACGAAUAAAAUGUUUUUCUGUUAUCUCGAAUUCGCUAAAAAACUAGAAGAUUUGUUAGAGACUGAAAAACUGUGAAAUAUACUUGUUUCGUUUUGAGUACUGUCUACUCCCGAUCUCUGAAAGAAUUUA